CGCCUGGGCCUUCUUUGUUGAAUGGGGAGCGGUGGUGUAGCGGUUAGCGGUUCUGGGCCUCCCUUAGGUCGACUCAGCCUUAAAUGAGUACCUGGCACUUGUUUGGCGGUGGAGUGAGGACUGACAACAAUUCCAUUAAAUCAUACCAAAACGUAUAUUACAUGAGCCACUAGUGAUAGCACCUCGUUGUACUGUUAAUCCUGUGUUACGUUAUUAAGCGGCAUGUAAAACUUGUUGCGGCUCCAAAUACAUUAAUGCUCGCUUCUAAUUUAGAAGACUGAAUCGUGAAGUGGUGACGAAUACAAUUACUAAAAAUCUAUAUGUAUAUACCAACUAAAAAUUACAGCCAAUAUCAAUAACGGCAAUCGGUACAAAUCGGGAGCAGACUGUAGCAAUGGCCAGUGACAGAGGCGGCGAGGCGUUUUACUUGCGCAGCGCCAGCGCGCUGCCCAGCGUGACCCAUCGGCUGAGCGCCAUGCGGCACACCGGCUCCUUCUGCGACGCCGUUGUGGAGGUGCAGAGCCGCCGCUACCUGGCGCACAAGGCCGUGCUGAGCAGCAACAGCCCUUACUUUGCCAGCCUCUUCUGCCGAGCCCCUUGCAGCAACCUGGGCCCCUUCGCCCUCGACUUCCUGAGCGUUGCAACGUUCGAGCUGGUGCUGGACUUCGUGUACAAAGGUGCGGCGCGGGUGCGGGCGCACGAGCUGCGGCCUCUGCACGACGCUGCCAGGACGCUGGGCAUCGCACCGUUGGAGGAGCUGUGUCGGCCGCUGCUUACGGAUGAGAGAACGACCCCGAUCGUCAACGCGUCGUCGUCCGCCACCUUCGACUACGACGGGAGGCCUCGCGGAGUCGAGGCCAACCUACGAGCCUCCCCCGAGCUGGUGUCCGAGGGGCUGGCGCCAGAUUUAUUUGACCGCGGGUUCCUGGAGGAUGGCACGGGGGCACUGUGGAGGAACCGCUUUGCCGAAAUGGAAGGUGUCAGCGUGGCGGGCGUCUCCGGCAGCGGGCACAAGCCGGACGAUGGGCUGGACGCAAGCAGCGUGGACGACGAGUCUGGGAUUCACUCGGCCUCCAGGGGGAUGGAGGACAAGCGCUGCUCCGAGAGCGAUAGUGGCCGAGCAGAAAACACCGCCACGGAGCAACUGUUCCUUUGCCAGGUGAAGACUGAACCGAAUGAGGAGCCGCCUUGCAAGGUGGCCAGGACCGAAAGCACCAGAGCCAAUGGCGGUCAGGUUUCCGGCCUCGCUGCGGUUGAUGGGCGAACUCAGGAGACGGGAGGCUUCAGGGUGACGGACAUUGCCGCGCUCGGCGGUUGCUCUCGUGAAGACCUAGACGGGUGCGCGGAGCCCGGCGCGAGCGAUUCUCUCGCGGGGCAGAGCGCGGCGGGAGCAGCGCAGCACGAGAUUGGUGUGGCGCAAAUCGCAGCCGACCACGUGCAGUGCCAGGUGUGCGGCGACACCAUGGAUGAGAACAUCUCGUCGCUAAGGGAGCACGCGGCCAUCCACGUGGACCGCGAGACGCUCAAGUGCCGCGUGUGCGGACGCGGCUUCACCACCUUCAACAACGCGGUGCAGCACGUGUACAAGCACUGCGGAGUCACCGUGCUCGCCUGCCACGACUGCGGCAAGACCUUCCUCUCGCUCACGCGCCUCACCCUACACUACCUCAACCAUUGCCGCAAGAAGCGCCCGCCUCCGCCGCUGCCUAGCGUGCCAUUCGUGCGGCCCCUCGAGUACCGGCCGCCCGACGACGCCGGCGAACACCACGCGUCCAGCUACGCCCCGUGUCAGAUCUGCGGGCUGCCCGUGCACCAGAAGAUGGCGUACCUGCGCAGUCACGCUCGUUCCCACGUGGACCUGGAGCACCUCCUGUGCAUGGUGUGCGGCCUGAAGCUCACCUGCUCGAGCAACCUCAUCAAGCACGCGCUGCUGCACGUGGGCGUCUUCCUGUUCGCGUGCCCCGUUUGCGAGAAGCGUUUCGCCAUGCAGUGCCUGCUGCAGCAGCACCAGAAGAGGGGCACCUGCCUCCCGACUCUGUGGAAAGCGAGUGCCAGGGGGGACGGUCCCCAUGGUGUGGACGAGGCCAAUAGAGUGGCUCGCUCCAGCUCCAUGCCCCCUCUUGAGUAGACUUUUUUUUUUAUUUUACCUCGUACAGUAUUACUGUGUGAUAUUUCGCAGUUGCACUGUCUAGCUCUCCUGUGACGGUGGGUCACCAAUUCUGGCGUCACAAAUGUAAUUAAGUUUAACAGGAGAGGAAGUAUGGUGUGUGGAGGGUGCUGAUUGUUGGGAGGUGAGAGCACCAACCUAGGCUCUCAGAUUUAUGGGUUUUAGCUCACCUUUAAUUACGAGCCUUUUGCCCGUCCAAGGACGGGCGUAUUGCAGUAAAUCUGAAACUUGCAAGCAAAAAGCAGACACACGACGUUAUAUUCAUUGCAUCAAUGCGUGCGCAAUUUGUAAGGGUGCGGUGACACAGACUUAUUUCACUUUAAGGUUAUAAUCCCUUGUUGAUCAUGACGUCCUUUUUACUUUGAUGUCUCAAUAGCGUGACGGAGAUUGCGUGACAUGAGGCUUCUGCCUUUGUCGGGAGGGUUGUGAGUUGACGCCGAGGAGGGGGGAGGAGGAGCCUAGGCCCCCCAUGUGGAGUGACGUCAGCCGCUAAUUAUUAUGAAUAGGGUGGGUGUCCAAUCUGUAGGACGUGACCUUAAUGAUUAUUAUGUAACACGAUUUCUGUUCCUGGGUAGUAAGUGUUAUUUUCUAAUUGUUUAUGCCUCAAAAGUAUAGGAAAUGGCUAUUCCCACAAACUUUGCUUUUGUGACCUGUCAAUCUGCAGUUCUCUACACUCGGAUUCUCGAACUCUCUGGAGAGAAGUCCAUUGCGAAUGACCAUCCUAGAUGUAGUGUCCUUUUCAGAUAACCAGGUUUUACCCUGUCGUGCAUGUUCCCACAACCAUUUUGGGCUGAUGUCCAGUUUCUGAAGACCUCAGCCGUCACUUCUGGACCCAUGCCACGAGGCACCUUCAAAGGUUUUCUUGCUGCCCUUCACCCUCCUAACUUGUGCACGUGUACUGGCGGCUUGCGUGAUUUCUGUCUCUACCUUACCACCCUGAAGCCAGUGAGAAUCUGGAUCCUUGGGGUGUCACACGCCCUUCACAUGGCCCACUACAACCUCAAAUAGAGAGUGUUCCAUGCAGAUAACCCGUACUCUACCACGUAGAUAUGGCGAGUCGAUUUCCACCUCUGGUGUGGGACAUCAUCUUGCCAUUCCAUCAAAGGACAAUGCUAUUUCCCGCUGUAAAGUCAUCUUUUAAUAGGUGCCUGUCAAUCAAAACACCACUACACCCUGUCUCUCUCAACAGUCAUACUGUCAUCCUUGCCCAAUCUGAACAUAACCUGGUUGUGUUGGAUACCUUUUAACCGCCCACAUCCCCAAGGACUGGUAAGUUUGACCCAUCCUCCAGUGUUGCAUACUGGCCCUUUUCUGUCUAAUAGCUGUCCCACCAAUCCUGUGUGUAACCUGGAGUCUUUUCCAGCAGGGCUGAUCUUCCCGUGCUGAUCACACAUGCAUGCAAGAUGUCCUGGUUUUCCCACAAGAAACACUUUCCAGGAUUGAACUGCUGUCCCCCUUCAAGGCGUAUCAGGGGUUUUACAGGGACCUUCAACUCAGUUGUCUUCCUACUCCCUGAUGUACUUCCUGGGACCCAAACUUUUAUCCUGCAGCCAAACUUCACGUGCGGUUCUGUGCUGUUAGAAACUGUUCUGCUGGUGCGGCUACAGUGCCAAGACUCUUGGAUUCUCUCCCUAAGGCAGGGGUGGAGAACCUUUUUUCUGACAAGAGCCAUUUGGAUAUUUAUAACAUCAUUCGCGGGCCAUACAAACUUAUCAACUUCAAAAUUAGCCUGUUAUAUUUUGCCAAAUAUUUAAUUAACCCACCCCUAAUGUGAUGGCUGGAACUGCUUCUCUUUGGCGAGGCGUGUGAUGUUAGCUGGUAUUGAUGGUGUUGCUACUCGCAACUGCUUUUCCAGGUUUGCUCCUAGAUGUAUUGAAUUUCGAGUUCCGCCUGCGGUUGCCUUGGCAGGGCCACACCAAAUGAUUUUGCGGGCCUUAUACGGCCCGCGGGCCGAACGUUCCCCACCCCUGCCCUAAGGCAUACCACCAGAUCCCGUGGAGAUGCUCACAAAACCUGCUCACGCAACAGCCCCCCAUAGGACGUUGACACUUCCUCCCCCCAAUUCUCCCCAUCGAUCUAGAUCAGCGGUCGGGAACCUAUGGCUCGCGAGCCAUAUAUGGCUCUUCUGGUGACGGCAUAUGGCUCCCAGACAAUUUUGAGCUGAAAAAAAAAUACAAAAAUCAGUUUGGAACUGAUUUUAAAAUACUUGUGAUAUUGCUUAAUAAUACUGUGUCAUUUUAAAGUAAAUAGAAAUUAGUUUUGAAGAUAAAUUUCACGGGUCACGGGGCCUCAACGCCUGCAUGAAGCUCAACCUCACCACGUACGAACCAGACUACAAGGUCAUCAGCAAAACCAUGCAGCACCAGAAGUCGCAUUAAAAGUAAUACAUAUUUUAUUUAUUAUACGUUACAAAUACUAUAUGGCUCUCAAUGCAAUAUAUUUAUAAAUAUUUGGCUUUUAUGGCUCUCCCAGUCAAAAAGGUUCCCGACCCCUGAUCUAGAUGGUCACGAAGUCUCACCAUGAAUUGGCCAAAACUUUUACCCUUCUCUGGCCUAACUUUGUGGAAAUGUAGUUCUGAAGCCGUCCUCAGUGAAAGCAUACCUCUCGAACAAAGCCGCUUUAAAAUGUUCGUAAUCGGAGGCCUCUUCCCUACCGAGUUGGUGAUACACCAGGAGAGGUUUACCACUCAGCAAGGCACUCAAAUUAAUUGUCAAAUCAGAUACAGGCCAACCAUGGCUCUAUGCGUACCUUUCAAACCUAAAACAAAAAUAGUCAAUCUGAUCCUUUGUCUCCAUCGAACUUUGGGAGCUUUGGUACAGUGCUAUUCCCUGGAGCUGGCCCCAUUGAAAUGGUUGCACCCACACUCAAGUUUCUUGAGUUCCAACUCAAUCUGUUCCAUUUUAAUUCUUUCGCCUUCAACAGCUUCCCUCUCUAAGCAAUCACCCCUUUCUAAGGCUUUACAUUCCCGUGCCGUUUCCUCUCUCUCCCCAUUUUACAUUUCCAUUUUGAGCUUUUCGAGCUCUGUCGUCUGUUUCUCCUGAACGUUCUCCCUUUCUAAAGAAAUCAUCACGGCCUCCUUCUCCAUCUCUCACCAUCUUUUUGCAACUCUUUCAUCCCGGAGAAACAUCUCCAGGUCUUGUGCCCCCCCUUGCAAACCUGCUGCCUCUGCACCCUCUCCCACCACGGGGCCGCUGCAGACCGCAUGAGGCAAGGUGGAGGGGAAAGCCCCAUGUUAAGGCUCGGUGUGCAAGUUUGCACUACACGUUUUAGGCAAAGUGUGACCCCAGUGAAUGUGUGCAUUCCACACAGCUGGGAGUUAGACCUAUCCCUGCUCACUUUCCGUCUCGCUGGUGCUGCUGGUACUGCUGCUGUGGUGGUGCUGCUGCUGCUUUUUAAAUCCGUUAUAUUAAGUUCACUUGCUUGCGUGCUUGCUUGCUUGCUUACGACCGUGCAAAUCUUUCGGUCGUUUUUUAACCCACUUCCCGUGAUCCAAUCGAGCUGACAUUUUGCACACAUACUCGUUGUGCGUGACAAUUUAUUUUCGUGAAAAUUUUUUUCCAAAAUUUUACACCUUUUUAGGUAAAUGUUUUUUUAUAUUUAAUUACCAAUUGCUUAAUGGUGGCAGGCAAUCAUCUGACCCAUAGGUGGCAGCCAUCUCAAGCCAGACGACGAGAGGACUCUAGCCGCCCGUUUCAAAGACCAAUGUGGGCUGGGUUGUGGCCCAUUGAACACGCAUAUAAAGGAUUUGUAGUGAAAAACUUUGUUUUUACGGGUUAAUUUUUACAAAAUGACUGGAGGGCCAUAGAGUUGGUGCUUUCUGCCUCCUCGCCCGACUGAGUUCCCUUUUUUAGGGAGUCCCCAAUCCGCCCAGACUGGGUUUCCCUCUGUAACUGGUCUCAGCUGGUAGGUUUGUCACACUAAACCCCCCCCUCUCAACUCACAGAGUGACUCCGAUGCACCACCCGUACUGCCAACUUGUAAAACAAGUCCACUACGGCGUGGUAUUUCAUAGUUGCGCAGUAUAUCUCUCCCAACGCAUGUUGCGGCUUGGACGGUGUUGGACGUCACACCGACCCACGUGUGGCAUACAACCCGAAAACAUCUGGGAUCUCGUACAGACGUGCCCGUUUUUUUACUCUUUAACGUGACUUUGUGUCACCAUUUUAGACUCGCCAAUGAUAGAUACCUCACUCUUUCCAUUGUUAGGUCACAGCGAUUUCGUCGGGACUUGAUUGGGACAUGAUGAGACGUUUGCAGUCUCGGCGUUUUACACAAACUUUGCGAUUGCUAAUAGCAGCGCUGGGCAAUGUUUUUUUAUUUUAGCUUGCCCGCUCAGGGGCAACUAACUGUGUGUGAUGCAACGUUCGCCACCAAAACACUGCCUCAGCCAUACAGAGACCUCGGCGUGGUUCGAAUCAGGCGCUGGGCCAGGAUGCAAGCAAUGCGGUUGUGUUGAGCAGUCUUGUCCCCUCCCACCAGGCAGAUAUAAGCUAUACUCUGGUUCUUUCGGUAAAGUCACGUAGGUAGAAAAAGAAUAGAUCACGACGUUUCGAUCGCAAUACAAGCAAUCGUCAUCAGGUGAGACAACCACAGUUUCGGCACCUGAUGACGAUUGCUUGUGUUGCAAACGUCGUGAUCUAUUAUUUUUCUAGCUACGAGACUUUACCGAAAGAACCAAAGAGUAUGGAUCCCUGCAGUCACGAAAGCUUCAAAUCAAGAUAUAAGCUAGUUCCUUGAUUUGUAUUAACACGUCAAACAUUACUCAAAUGAGCAUGAACUUGAUGAGUGUAAGAUAGGUACAUAUAAUGAUUAGUUUUUCAGGAGCUUAAUGGAUU